UAUUGCAGUUCGAAUGCCAACUCAACGAGACUUAGAGAUCUGAUAAGACAGAUACGUGCUGCAAGAACUGCUGCUGAAGAAAGGACGGUUGUGAAUAAAGAGUGUGCUUAUAUAAGAUCUACAUUUAGGGAAGAAGACCCAUCAUGGAGAUGUCGCAACAUAGCAAAACUCCUUUACAUCCAUAUGCUCGGAUACCCUGCUCACUUCGGACAACUGGAAUGUUUAAAAUUAACAGCAAGUUCUCGCUUUACCGACAAAAGAAUAGGAUACUUAGGUGCCAUGCUUUUAUUAGACGAAAGACAAGACGUGCAUUUGUUAAUCACAAACUGCUUAAAAAAUGAUCUUAAUUCCAACACGCAGUUUGUGGUUGGUUUAGCCUUGUGUACAUUGGGUGCCAUAGCGAGUCCUGAAAUGGCCAGAGAUCUUGCAUCGGAAGUUGAACGAGCUUUGAAGUCUCCAAAUGCUUAUAUUAGGAAAAAGGCUGCUCUGUGUGCUUUCAGGGUGCUUCGGAGGGUUCCGGAGUUGACUGAAAUCUUUUUGCCGGCUACUAGGAGUUUGUUGAGUGAGAAGAAUCAUGGUGUACUAAUAACAGGAGUAACCCUUAUUACAGAAAUGUGCGAAAGCAGUCCAGAUACAUUAAAUCAUUUUAAAAAGGUAUGA